UUACCAUCAACUAAACAAAAGGCGGCAGCCGGUGGUUUCUGUCGCCGUUCCGAGGCUUCCUCCAAAACCAGGGGGCACCGGAGCCCCUAUAAGUAGAGGACGAGGUCACUCUGCCACUCCCGGAACUCGAUCGAGCUCCGUGUGGAGAGAGACCUGAAUCGGUGAGGAGGACAUGAGCUCCCUGCAGGCAUGGGUGGCCGAGCACAAGCUCACGAGCAUCGGUGCUGUGUGGGCUUCUGCGCUGGGAACGUCGCUGGCAGUCGCACACAAGUGGUCGCCGACGGUGAAGACGAGCCUUCGGCUUAUACAUGCGAGGAUGCACGCGCAGGCGCUGACGCUGGCGGUGCUCUCGGGAGCGGCGCUGCUGCACUACUACGACGCCAAAGACAAAGCUGCAACGGAUGAUGUCGAGAGUGCGACGCCACCACCUUGGCUUAAUUAAUUAGCUAUGAGAUGAUAUUUUAUAUGCUAUGGGAAGAACGGUAGCAGCGGCUGCCGUUUUCAUCCUCCUCUGUUCCUUCUACUUGGUUUUUCUUACGAGAAGUUGAGGCUUUGUAUGUAUAAAUACGUAUUGGUUGCGUAUGACGAAAUUG